AUGAUCAAUUAAUUGCAGCUAAGAACUCUUCAAACCUUUCUUCACGUCCAGUUUAUUAUUUUGCUGAUUGGUUGGUAUUUAUGUGUUUUUUUUUGUCAUCAGUGUCUGGCAUUGAAAGGAAACUGACUUUUGCCUUUAGGAUAAGAAGUGUAAAUAUAACUUGUUUUUCCCAUUCCUGCAUGAUUUAGACCUGUAAGGUCAUGCCUGCAAGGUCUAAAUCAUGCUCCUUUAGAACUGACAUAAAAUGAUGCUCUGCAAUUGUGAUAACCAUAAAAUAAUACUCUAAAACAUACAGUUACCUCUAUUUAUUCAACAAAAAAGUUUAAGGAGUGUAAGCAGACCUGCUCAAAAUGUUCUUGCCUUGUGCAAGAGAAGACACAUGCUUCUGUGCUUUUCAUAUCCUUCCCAGUAAUCCUCUCUUCUAUUUUUUUCCCUCCAUAUGUGGUUGUAUUUUCCAGUUUCUCUUUCUUUCUCUACAUUUUCUCUCCAUCUUUCUCCCUCUUCUCCUGCUCUCUCUCUUUCCUUCAUCAGUCUCUGUGUGCCUGCCAGACAGCAGCAGUAGGGGGUCUGUCUGUGUUAAAGGCAAACUGAUUGUAAUUUGCUGUAGUUUUUCACAGUCGCCACCCAAGUGGAAGCUGCAGGCAUGACGGCGUGACACCGUCUUAGGCCCACCCCUCCAACAGAGGAAGGCUGAAAAGCUCUGUGUCAUGCCCCCUCACACCGAACCCCCAGGGGGCACCGGCCUGCCCUCAGCUAAAAUUACCAUCAAUUUGGUCAGACCUGUCUUCCUCUGUUUCUUCUGCCUUCUGGCUGCACUGCUGCCGCCAGCCUACCCUUGCCCUCCUCCCUGUCUCUGCUCCUCAGACAACCUUGUGGUGGACUGUGGGGGCCGUGGUCUCUCCUCGCUGCCUCCCAUGCACCUCCUGCCUCCAGGGAGUCGUUCCCUACAGCUAGCCAACAACAAGCUUGCCUCACUCGGAGCAACUGCCUUCGCUAACCUCUCAUCUCUAGAGGAGCUGGACCUUUCUAAUAACUACCUGGAUAAUUUACCAGCCGGAUUAUUCAGAGACAUGUCCAACUUGACAAGACUGACUCUACACAACAACUCACUCACAGUAAUGGACAGAGAUCUCUUCCAGGGUUUGGGCAGUCUUCAGAGUCUGGAUCUGUCACUGAAUGGUCUGUCCGUAGUCCCUCUAGGCCUGAUGGACGAGCUGCAGAGGCUCAGGUGGUUGUCACUAGCAGGUAACAGGCUUCAUGGUUUGGAGAGGGCAGCAUUUGAGCCGCUCGCCAACCUGCAACACCUGGAACUGGGACACAACCCCUGGGAAUGCGACUGCAACCUCCGUGAUUUCAAACACUGGAUGGAGUGGCUGCUGUACCGAGGGGGGAAGGUGGAUGCAGUGGAGUGCACGCUUCCCAAGGAUCUGCGUGGGAGAGACAUUCGUAGCGUUCCAGUGGAAAUGUUCAACUACUGCCUCCAACUUGAAGAUGAGAACGGAGGAGGAGGAGGUGGUGAGGGUACUCGUUCUGGACAAGGAGUUGGCCCUCCAUGCAGCAGGAGUGCUCUUAAUCCAAGUGGGGUAACACCAAUUUCUGACAACGUUGGCAACACUGCUGAUGACUCCUCUUCAAACACUGGAGGAGGUGGAGGAGGAGGUGGGGAGGCCCCACCAGAUUGUGUCAGAGCCCGCUACCGGCCUGUGAGCGUGCGGCGCGCCAUUGGCACAGUGGUGAUCGCUGGCGUGGUGUGCGGCAUCGUUUGCAUCAUGAUGGUUGCUGCCGCUGCUUAUGGCUGCAUCUACGCCUCCCUAAUGGCCAAAUACCAGCGAGAGCUAAAGAAGAGGCAGCCAUUAAUGGGUGAUGGAGAUGCUGAUGGGGAGGAUAGGGAGGAGAAACAGAUCUCCUCUGUGGCCUAAAAGAGGGAUGGAACAAGGGAGGGUCGGCAUUUAAAAGGUGAAGGUUAAAAGGGGUGAAAAUUAAAAGGGCUCAAAGAGGAGAGAGAUGGAGGAGCUUGUUUUAUACUCAGACAGAUGAAGUAUCUCUCCCUCUGACUCUCAAACUGUCAACUCUAUCCCACUUUUUGUCUUCCUUUCUUCAUUGUUUUUCUAUUUUUAACCUUCUUUCUCUCUGUCCCUAACUCUAACAUACUCCCACACACAUAUAUCUUAUCUGCUACCCGAUUUUCUCUUCAAUUUGGACUCAUUCUCUCUGCAGUAUUUAUUACCAAUCUUCCCUCCAAGUCGCCUACCAGCCACCUACUGCUGCUGAAUUUACCAUGAUAUUGGCUGGGAGGAAGAAAAAAAAUUAUUUGGUACUCUCUAUAUUAUGAAACAUAUCAUUAAAGCUGUUACAGGACACACAUGGUGUGUGCUCUGUCCGUCAGGGAUUCAUAGUAUGUACGGUGUUGAUUGGACCAAUGUUUACCCUAAUGAGUAGAGUUUGGGCUAUCUCUUCACCUUUCUAAAGCCAAUAAUUUUUUCCAUUAAGACAGGACCCCAGCCCUGAACUUUUCACCCUCGUCUGGCCAAAUCCUCCUCUGAUUAUUCUCUUAAAACUCCAAGACUCUAGAAAAUGACUGAUAUUGAGGAUGACUGGGGUUUGGACCAGAUCUCACUUGUUCUUUAGGUCAUCUGUGGAUUAAAAAAAAAGAUGGGAAACAGCAUUUAAUAGAAACAGCAUUUAACUGCAGUUAGCUUUGCUGUAUUUAUCCUCCUCAGAAAAAAAGACUUAUUUGACAGAAAAAGUAUUCUACAAAGCGAUCAGAUACAUUUUCUUGUGCUACUUGGACUAAACUUCUGGAUCAGAAGAUGUCUUGACGUGAUGUCAUCAGGAUUAAAAACAAAUAUUCUUUGUAAUAAAUGGUUUCCUGACGGAUUUCAACCAUCAGAGGUGAAUGUUGAUCACCUCUGCGGGCUAAGAUGGCAUGAAAAUAACAACCUCAGAGGACACUCUCUCUUGGCAAGAACUACAAAAAUGAAUCUAAAGACUACAGAUGUCAGACUCCUGCACUUUAUUCUCCCAGUCAGAUCUCUUCUUCCUCCCUCAUCCCUUCCUUGUCUUUCUUUCCAAGAUGGAAGAAUUGCCCAGAGGGAUUAUAAAAAGGGAUUAGAUUACAGAAAAAGCUGCUGUUUUCCCCCUCUUAUUCCCCUAACCAUUUUAUCUCUAGCCAUCUUUCCUUCCAGUGCUAUAUGUUGGAAGGUUUUUCACACAUUCACCUCCAUCCUUUCUAUUUUAUCCAUACCUCCUUCAAAACUGUUGCCCUUUUGCUUGCCUUGUAAGGCCUGCAUUAUGCAAUGGAAUUUGUGUCACCAUAAGGCGGAAAUGUUGUUGCACACAGUCCUUUUGUUAAAAAAAGGGUCAUUGUUUAUCUGAGUGGAGGACAGUUACAUUUAUUAGUAUCUGGAUUCAUGCCCUCAAUGUAUUUUCUUUAACUUUAACCUUUUUUGGUGCACAGAAUUGGACAAUGUAAGGGAUUUAAGUAGAAUUCAUCGCAUACUGCUCUUCUGGAUUUAAACUACUACUCACCCAAUUCCCUUCAAUUUCUGAUUGGCGUGAAAAUGAACUUAUAUUAAAUAAUAGUGUGUUAUCUUAUACCUGGGUAUGAUUCAGAUACAUAUUAUUAUGCUAGACUACUACUAUGUGUUGGCCCAGCAAACCCAAAAUGUUUAACCGUUUAUGGUUUCCUGUAUGAAUUCAUGAUGUAUGUCUUUUCUUGUGUUAAUGGAUUUAAUGUUUUGUUUUAGGUUUUAAUAUCUCUGUGUUGUUUAUUUGUUGUGUCCAUUUAUUUGUGUUCAGCUGUUGGUAAAGUUUCUGUAAGAAUCAUAUACAGAGUUUCGAGUGCAUGAGAGGGUCCCGCUCUGCCUCGUCUCUGAAAUAUAAAGUUAAAUAUGAUUUAGAGUUGAAUAAAUAACAGGUAACCUCUAAUGUAGUUUUACAGCAUUGUGUAAAUCUUCCAUCCUGCUCUCAUGAGUCAAAAAGAUGAAUCACUAGCAGAGUCAUGUGAUAUACGAGUUGAAUUUAUUUGCAAAAUGAGCCUGAGGUGAUGUGCUAUUUAUUCUCAGUGCACUGGGAUCAUAAUUAAAUCCCCUUUGAAUUGUAAGUCAUAAAUAAACUUAUUUGAUUUGACAAACAGCAUUAAUAUUUAUGGAGCUACAUCCGGCCUGUGAUUUCAUGUCAGACAGAACUUCUGCAUAUGAAAUUAAUUGGGUUCAACAUUUUUAGUGGUUAUUAUUUUUUACAAUAUCCAAACAUGGCGACUAAUUAGCUUUGAGCGGUGGGUAAAGCAAGACUUGGAAUGGAAAGAAAAUGAAAUAUUUAAACCAAAAAUUGAACCAAUAUAUUUAGUUGAUCUCUCCCUCUCUGUUGUGCUUCAGCUCUGUCUUCAAAGCCCUUUCUUAAAGAGGAAACUGUUAUGCAUGAGCAUGGACAGUAACCAUGGUAACUGCAUAAGUGGCAAUGACCAGUUAGAAACUCCUCCAGCUUUACUGGUAGUUUGUACCUAUACAUGCUUGUUUUUUUUUCUCUCUCUCUCUCUAGGGAAGCUAGAAGAGCCACAAGACAAAGUGAGACUGUUUAGUAAAUAUUGCACAAAAGCUUUUUAUUUUAAGGUAUCAAGGCUUACUUAAAGAUAAAAUAAACAAGAGAUCAUAAGCAUAGGCCAUGGUUAUAUAAUAAAAAUGUUAAAGCUAAUGCCUUAAUUGAAAAGAUAUUUCAAUUUGACCUUUACACAUUUAUAUUUAGCUAAACCAGCAUAAUUAUAAUUGCAUCAUCAGCCAAUAUAUUCGCUUCUUGGCCCAUAAGAGCAUUUAUUCCUCCGCUCAUACCUGCAUCAUGACAUGUAAAACCACAUAAUUCUGCACCUUUACUAAUGUAGAGAUGCAAAACCAAGUAAAAGUACAUUUUAAGUGUAUUUGAGGCUCUUAUUUUAUUUUUUUACAUACAUUAUGUUGAAAGUCCUUAAACUUUGGAGACUCGGAAGCAGCGUGAGCUCCAGCAACAACUAAACUCUGUAUAUGAAUCUAAAAACAAUGUUCUCUCACUCCCUGGUCUGCCAGUCUUGUAAUGUUGGUAGCUAAGUAUCUUAGCUAGCUUAACCUCUUUCUAUAUCCUGUGUGUGUAAAGAAUAAUAAAUCAUAGUUUGUUAUAUAUAAAAAAACAGCAGCCAUGAUAACUGAGGGCUUUUAUGACUGCACAGCCCAGGAAUCUUCGGUGUGUUGUGUUAUUAUGCUGAUUGUGAUUAUGACAAUGAUGAUAUGACGAUGGUGAUUCAUGGUGAAGCAUUUCCGGGUCAAUAUGCAUUCAUUUAAAUAAAAACAUAUCCCACUUGUGUCAA